AUGACGUCACGAGCUACGUUGCCACUGUACUUCCGGAUGCAGGCGGAGCAGGUGGAGUCUCCACCCAGCAUCCUGCUGGUGGAGCCAUUCUAUGGCGGCUCCCACAAACAGCUGCUGGACCUGCUGCAGAAGAACACCAGCGGCUGCUGCAGCUUCACGCUGCCGGCCAAGAAGUGGCACUGGAAGGCCCGAACGUCAGCGCUGUACUUCAGCCAGACCAUCCCCCAGUGUCCCUCCUACAGGGUUCUGUUCUGCAGCUCCGUCCUGAACCUCUGUGAGCUGGUGGCCCUCAGGCCGGAUCUGGCCCGUCUUAAGAAGGUCCUGUACUUCCACGAAAACCAGCUGGUGUACCCAGUCCGCAAAGACCAGGACAGGGACUUCCAGUAUGGCUACAACCAGGUGCUCUCAUGUCUCGUGGCAGACGUGGUGGUCUUCAACUCUCAUUUCAACAUGGACUCGUUCCUCUCGUCCAUCGCCUCAUUCAUGAAGAAGAUCCCGGACCAUCGACCCUCAAACCUGGACGCUCUCAUCAGACCUAAGUGUACGGUCCUCAACUACCCCGUCUGGUUCCCAGACGUCAGCAGACUGUUACCACAACACAAACUCCUCCGUGGAGCUGCUCAGUCGCUUCCUGUGGAGGAUAAAUCGCCGAUCAAGGAUGACCAGGUCUGUGCAGAGGAUCCCCCGGAGUCCUCGUGUGGACCCAGAUCGGACCUGGAUCGUGCUGCAGACCAGAUCCGACCUCUGCACAUCGUGUGGCCCCACCGAUGGGAACACGAUAAGAAUCCAGAGCUGUUCUUCAACACACUGCUCAAACUGAAGGAGCGAGGACUCCGCUUCCAGCUGUCUGUGCUCGGAGAGACGUUCACUGACGUUCCAGGCAUCUUCUCAGAGAUGAGGAGUCAGCUGGACUCCCACAUCGUGAACUGGGGUUUCCAGCCCUCUCAGCAGGGGUAUCUUCAGGUGUUGUGUGACGCCGACGUUGUGGUUUCUACUGCCAACCACGAGUUCUUCGGUGUGGCGAUGUUGGAGGCGGUUCACUGUGGAUGUUUUCCUCUGUGUCCAAAUGCUCUCGUCUAUCCUGAAAUAUUUCCAGCUCAGUACCUGUACUCCACACCAGAACAGUUGUGUAAACGGUUGCAAGGAUUCUGCAGGAGGCCUGAUGUCGUCCGCAGACACGUCGUCAUGGUAAACACCUCCUCCUUCUCCUGGAUCACCCUGAAGUCACAUUUUCAGAACCUGCUGACGGGCGAUUCCUGAAGGCACCGUAGGCCAAGACCGACAGGUCUUUCUGGUUCUGUUGCUGGCCUUGGUCCCAGCCCUGGUCCCGGCCCUGGCCUUGGUCCCGGCCCUGGUCCCAGCCCUGGUCCCGGCCCUGGUCCCGGCCCUGGUUCGGCCCGUCCUGGUCCUUGUCCUGGCCCUGGUGCGGGUCCUGUUCUCAGUCCUGAUCACGGCCCCGCUGCUGGUCUGCUAAUGUGCCAACUGU